GUUUAUUUUUUUUCCAUAGCAACUUCAUGGUCUUCACGACCACUAUCAACAAAUGAAGCAAAACAUGGGUUUUCAGGAUAACCUCUCAAUGAAGCUGGUCAGAGAGUCAAUGGCUGAUUACAUAAUACAGAGGGUCCAUGGCUACCAGGCUUCCGAUGAUGACGAGGACGAUAGCGAACAAGAACGGGAAGCGAAUCCAGCGCAGGAGAGGGCAGCCAGGAUUGCUAUGAUAAAAAACAAAUCAUUCACCACCAAAGGACAGGGUACCAGCUCCCAACGUCACCUCCAAGAGGCCGCCACCUCCACCUCGGAGAUGGACGAGAAGCCCUCGCUGUCUCCCGACAAACCUGGAAGGCGGGGCAGAAAGAGGAUGAAGAAGACACGAGGGAGAAAGAGGAUGGAGAGGGAUCGACCAGCCACCGAGAUAGAGAAGAAGAAGGCGUGGUCUAUUCUACCGAUGAGGAGGUUGAUUGAUGUGGACGAGGAGAAGGAGGAAGAUCGUGAUGAAGAUUCUGAUUCUGAGCAAGACAGAAAGAAGAGAAAAUCGCCACAAAAAUCAGCUACAAAGAAAGGUGUAAAAGGAAAAAAGAGAUCACAGAAGAAAGAAGACAAGGGGAAGGAAAAAAAGAUGAAGAAAAAGAAGAAAAUGAAGAAGAAGAAGUGUCGGAAAUCUGAGACGGAUGGGUCAACAGGAGAAACCUCUUGGGAUGAUAAAAGCGAGGUCACCGGAAGCGCAACAUCCGGUACGGAGACCGAGUCAUCGCCACGGAAACGGCGAGGUCGGAAGAGGAAGCGAGGGUCGUCUCCAAGCGGGGCUGAGAGUAGUGAUGGGAGGAAGAAGGGGAGUGUUUCAGACUCUGAUGGGCUGAAAGAUGGGUGGUUUGAGAGUGAUAGGGAUGAGCUGGGGACUUCCCCUAUAAAGGGGAAAUCCCCCAUAGGACAGACUUCACAGAUUUCCUUCUACGACUCCGACGAUGCUGUCACAGGUGCGAGGAGUGAGGAUGAGGAGUUUACCUCUCUGAAGCGGAAGAGACGGGGGCGACCAAAGAAGUCGGUCAUGCCAGAAGAAGACAUAUGGAGUAAACUUGGAAAUAUGAACCGUCAUCAGGAUGGUUGGGUCAGUGAUGGCGGACCCAGCUCCGGUGUCCGUGUUGACUUUAGUAGAGACGGAUCGGAAGCUGUGAAGAGAACGCCACCUAAGAAAAUAUUACUCGGUGUGAAAAAGACACCACGGAAGGACUCACCUGUGCAGGAAUCUGGGAAGGGAGUGACUGUUCAAGAUGGGAAUGGGGUGGAGAAACCACAGGAGGAGAAGAGGAAACGGGGAAGGAAGCCGAAGGGUGCAGUAGAGAGAUCCCCAAGGAAAUCAUCAAGACCAAGAAAGGUGGUCAAGUAUGAGACUUGAUCACUUUACUUGUAAAGGAUGAACUUGUAUUGAAGAAGCUGUUUUAAUGGAGUAAAAUAUAUCAAUCUGUCAUUGCCAUUUCAGUCAUCAACCAUACAAAUGCCAUCAUCAGCUGUCAUUUAUUAAGCUUAUAAUAAUAAAAAUAUAGGUAUAAUUACCCAAGGGUAGCCACUUCAGUUUCGAAAACUGUUCUACCAGCGGGCCCUGCUGUUACCCCGGCUUUAGCUGAGCUGCUAGGCGCUCAAGCAUUCAAAGAAUUUCUCACCUCACCUUGGUUGAGUACAGCACAAUGUGGAUGAGUUUCUUGCGCCAUGGCUGGGAUUCGAACCCAUGACCCUCUGUUUCAAAGUCAGAAGACUAAUCCACUAGGCCUCAACGCUCCACAUUGGUUCUCAUUCUGUACUUUCACUUCAGUCUUAUUUGAGUUGCAGUGCUAAUUGAUGCAAGAAUCCUUGUAGCAAAAUAGUCAAAUAAUUGCCUUGGGUUGGAGCAGUAUUUCAGACUAUCAUGUGAAAUACAAGUAACUCUAGCUGCCUAUUUCAAAUCUUGUGGGUCCACAGAAAUCUGUUCGACCCGGGCGAAGUUCGAAAAGAAUGUGUUAAUAGGACAUCUUUUGCAUAAUCUGGGGGGUGUUUCUCAAAGAUUUAAGUAUGACUUAGAGUCGCACUUAAAUGCCGACGGGUACAUGAUGAUGAUAUGAAACGCGCAAUCUUAUUGAUCAAUACGCAGUAGCAUGCGUCCUCUUGCCAUGAUCUGACAAUGCGGUAAUGCCUUUUAUAACGCACACAACUAGACAUUUAAGUUCGACUGUAAGUCAUACUUAAAUCUUUGUGAAACACCUCCCUGGUCUGAAAUAAUGCUUCGAGACAAAUAUUUAUGGAAGGUCAACCUAUGAAGAGUCAUUGCAUCUUGCAGUUCAAAUUUUGCCAAAGACAAACAGAUUUCUGCGGUCCCCAAGACAUUCAUUUUGGACAGAUUCACUUGAACGUGUUUAUGCAGCAUUGAUGUGCACAUGGUAUAAUGUUGAUUCCUUUGUCUACUUAUAUUGUUCUGCACAUGUUAUAUGAAAUGGUGUGUAGAAAACCUUUUAGAAAAAAUAGAUAUUCCAUGAUGUGCCCGCCACUUUAAAGAGAACCUGUAACCUUUUUCUUGGCAUCUAAACAGUUUUUAUCUUGAAUGCCUCCCAAUGAAAAUGUGCUGGUAACAGUUUUCAAAUGAAUUUUUCAUACUUUCCAGUGUUAACUCCUUAUUACCACCUUCCGCCUGAAUGACAAAAUGUAAGCAAAAUAUAUUUCACCAUGUCAUAGCAUAUGCACAAUAAGUACAAUUCAUUUCAGCAGUGUUUUUUUUUUUCAUUUUAUUUGCUUCAUUUGAUCAUGUACAUAAAAUUUGUAAAUAUGUAUAUUCCAGCUUGUUUUUUAAGAAGACAAUUAAAAGAUUAAUAAUCUUUGA